UUUUACUGUUUACCCCUUUUCCUCCCCAAUUUCGUGAAUUGGUAGUUACAGUCUUACCCCAUCGCUGCCACUCCAGUACGGACUCGGGAGAGGCGAGGUUCGAGAGCCAUGCGUCCUUCGAAACAUGACACUGCCAAGCCGCACUGCUUCUUGACACACUGCUCCCUUACCCGGAAACCAGCCGCACCAACUCUCCAUCCCGCCAACCUCUCCUCCACACCCCUUUCCUCCAGCCAUCCCUCCAACUCCGCAGUACCAAUACUAAUGAUUACUGAAUUGAUUCGAUGAGCCAGGAGAAAUGUUACAAUAACUUAAUGGUGGUAGUAGUGAACAGCAAUUUAGUCGACGCAGUUUUGAAUUUUAACAGAGAAACAAGGCGACCCGUUGAGUGAUAUUUUGUUAUUACAAUAGGCUAUUAUCAAACAGCUUCCUAUAACGAAUAAUUAGAAUCUAAGUCCUAUCAAUUUAGAUCCUAGAAUAGAUUAAACAAUUAUCUUUGAAAUGUUUUAAUAUUGUUGAGGUGUUAAAUUGUAUUCCAAAUAGUUUAUUUCUAAAAUGACCAAUUUAGCUGUUGUCCGUUUGAAACCAUUUGAUUGGCUGUUGUCACUUGCCACGGCCUCCACACAACGCCAUCUGAUUGGCUGCUUUCCAAAACACGGACAGGUCAAAACGUGCGUGUUGUCCAACUUGCCUUCAGUUUAGUUCUCAAUUCAUUGAACAAUGGUAUCGUUUAGUUCUCAACUCCAACACCUACCGAAAAUGGAGUCCGAAAACAAGGGUUUCCAACUGUGGCGUGACUACAUGAAGCUAGCGGACGCAGUGCGGGAGAUGAAGUUAGGGAACUUCACAUCAGAACCGUCAACCGUUGACGGUCAUCACUCCGGGAUAUGCUCGACCAUGGUGGAACUUGAACAGUUCCCGUCGCGAGCCUUGCUGUCACCGAUAACACCUGUGGCGACACCACCACUAUGGCACGAAAUGGAACCCCUGGAUUCCGAAAUCGUCCUCUUGCAUGAAGACGCUCCUUUAUGGCCGAGCAGCAGCGAGGGUCCCGAGCCCCCUACAGCAGCGUCCAGACCCUCCGCGGGCACCCGGGGCCAGAGGGAGAGAAAGAAGGCGACCCGCUCCAAGACGCCGGAGGAGGUGCCAUCACCCGAGCGUCAGUUCUGCAGCUUCUGUAAACACAACGGGGAGUCAGAGUCUGUGUUUGGGUCCCACAGUCUAAAGGACCAGGAUGGGGGCGUGGUGUGCCCGUACCUGCGGCAGUAUGUCUGUCCUCUCUGCGGGGCCACCGGGGCUCAAGCCCACACCAAGCGCUUCUGUCCCCGGGUGGAAACCACCUACAACUCUGUCUAUGUCAAGUGAUAGAAGCGCUAGCUCUGGUCCAGGCCGUUACUGCGCUCCCCUCUAGACUUACUAACAGAGGCAACUCGUUGUUGCGAGAUGGGUGGGACCAGAGCUAGAGAAGCACUGAGGAGACUGUUCAGGCUGUUGUGUUGGCGACUUUCUUUAGCGUCUCUAACACACUGUAAGCGGACAAUUGUACGAGGAUUUAGGUGUGGAUAUUUAGCUUAGACGCAGUUUGCAAUAGACUGACUAGUUUGUAGACUGUGUAAUAAAUAGCCUGUUAGUCGUGUGAUUUGUAUUAUGUAUUUCCUUUACUUUUUCUCGUGUGUUUUCAACUUUUUUCACUUAUUUCUAUGUAUUUAUGACGUGUGGUUUUUGAUUAUUUGCGUGCCCGUGCACGUGUUCUUUACAACACAUUUUGGGUUUCAGUUUUCUGUUUUUACUUUAAAGUGUAAAUGUCUCUGUCUGUGACCAAACUAACUGCUUCUUUACAUGUUGCUGUGAGAUUUUGUAAAACCUCAACCUCUUACUGUGUCGCCUACUGAACCGCCCUUAUCAACAAACUCUCACUGCAGAAUUAGACGUUUAUCCACGUUUCUCCCUGCUAUUUUGGGAGGAAAAACGGAAGUGUUGUCUUCUUUUGAGACUUGUUUUCCUGACUUUAAAACGACAUGCCCUAAUCUAACUGUACAUCUGCAAGUCUACAGGCCUAAUAUCACUAUUAUAAGAACAUCACUAUUGACAACAAGACAACUGCUAGUUUAUGACGUGGUGUGCAGAGCUACUUUUGUGUAAUUGUAAUUUAGAGUGCUAGCUAUUAUUUUAGUGUUAUACUUGUAUUUUAAUAGAUCUUGAAGUGUGGUUUCUUGUUGUGUUUUUUUGACUUUCCAACGUGUAUGCUACUUAGAUUGGAGAGGAAGGCCAAAAAAUGGUCGAAGACUUCAGUCAUCCAAAUCAUAGACUGUUCUCUCUGUGGGGCCACCGGGGCCCAAGCCCACACCAAGCGCUUCUGUCCCCGGGUGGAAACCACCUACAACUCUGUCUAUGUCAAGUGAUAGAAGCGCUAGCUCUGGUCCAGGCCGUUACUGCGCUCCCCUCUAGACUUACUAACAGAGGCAACUCGUUGUUGCGAGAUGGGUGGGACCAGAGCUAGAGAAGCACUGAGGAGACUGUUCAGGCUGUUGUGUUGGCGACUUUCUUUAGCGUCUCUAACACACUGUAUGCGGACAAUUGUAUAAGGAUUUAGGUGUGGAUAUUUAGCUUAGAAGUCGUUUGGAACAGGCUGACUAGUUUGUAGACUGUAAUAAAUAGCCUGUUUAUCGUGUGAUUUGUAUUAUGUAUUUCCUUUACUUUUUCUCGUGUGUUUUCAACUUUUUUCACUUAUUUCUAUGUAUUUAUGACGUGUGGUUUUUGAUUAUUUGCGUGCCCGUGCACUUGUUCUUUACAACACAUUUUGGGUUUGAGUUUUCUGUUUUUACUUUAAAGUGUAAAUGUCUCUGUCUGUGACCAAACUAACUGCGUCUUUACAUGUUGCUGUGAGAUUUUGUAAAACCUCAACCUCUUACUGUGUCGACUAAUAA